CCGUUCUCUCGCCCCCCCCAUUCUGAUCAACUUAAGGAGCCACGGGUUCUGCUCUGUGCUGUGAUAGUGAAGAGCUGUGGGUCGUUGGACAAGUUUUCAUAUUCUCUGAAACCAGACUAAGGCGAGGGCAAGGGCUUUUCCUCUUGUGGGCUCUGCCCAGCCUGCUCUGUUGGACAAGAUUUGCGUCCAGUCCCGAGCUCAGCGAGAAGCUGUUAUAGCCACUGACUGUGACUAUCAUGAGAACCCCUGCUGGGGACCAGGAGGAGCUGGGGGUCGGCUUGUGCUGUGGAAAUCGUGCUCAGCAAGAGACCCAGCACCACUCGAGGGUUGGAGAAGUCAGGUUUAUGGCGCCGCUGGAUCCAGCUGAGCCAGUGGUGGCUUCUGAAGUUCUGGGCCCAGAGCUGAGGUCACAUGGAGCUUUCAGAGGAAAUCGGAUGUCAUUCCUUGCCUAGGACAGUAUUGGCAGGCUUGAUUCUUGGGCCACAGGAGCACAGACCAUGAGCAGAAAAUCUUAUUUAUUGAAGCAGAACAAAGGCAGAGGAGAAUCUGCAAGGGAUGUCGGGAAGUGGCCUUUGUCACAGGGAGGUGUUUCUCAAGGUCCCAGGAGCUUACACUCCCCAGGGUGUGAAUUAUAGCAUAGAAAUGUUACGGUUUAAGCCAGUGUUGAAACAACACUCUCACAGAGACCAGCAAUUAAGUAACUCCUGGGAAGACCCAGCCACCGAGUGCUGUUUCCCUCUUCACUUGGACUCCUGGCUCCUCUGAGGUCCGGCUGGACAGAGGCUUCUCUGAUCCCUCUGGGUAACAGUGCUGCAGUCACUGAGUCCAAACCCGUUGGCGCUCCACCCUGGUCACACUCUGCUUCAGCUUCCUGUGGAAUGAACCACAAAGUGCUGGGGGCAGGGAGUGUUGCCCUCUGGGCGGGUCUGGAGGAGACGGGCACCCUGCACCAGCAUGAGGCCAAGCCUGGGCGCUGGCCAGAGUCCUGAGCAGGAAGGAAGAGGGUCACUGGACCCCGCGGGCCUCGUGCUGGAGAGGCCCAGCCGCGGGGCCCACUGACAGGCUCGUGGAGGGGAAGCCUGGGAGCCUUAAAGAAGGAUGGGGCGUGACGGCCCAAAGUGCCCAGGGUGGGCUGGGGGAGGUAGGACGCCAGGUCAGCAGGGAGCCCAGCGGGCUGGGAGGGAGGCUCAGACCAGAGAGCCCUCUGUGAACCACUUUAGAACCCAAACAGGUAGCGAGAAGCUCCUGACCUCAGCCUCAGCCCAUUGUGACGUCGCCAGCAGGGCUGGUUCCCCACGGCCAGCGCCACCGCCUCCGCCUGGCCUCCUCCACCUCCCAGCCCACAGCCCGCCCAGGCCCAUGCUUCUCUUCUCAGUUGUGCUGCUCAUUACCCACGCCACGGGGGCGGACCCAGCAGGAUGUGGCGAGAGGCCCACUUUCGAGGACCGGAAGAUGCGGCAUUCCAGAAUCGUCGGGGGGCUGGAGGCUGAGGUGGGUGAGUUUCCGUGGCAGGUGAGUAUCCAGGCAACCAAUCAACAUUUCUGUGGCGGCACCAUCCUCAACUCGUGGUGGAUCCUCACAGCUGCUCACUGCGUGAUCGGCGAGUUACCCACAGAGGAACUGAGUGUUGUGCUGGGGACCAACGACUUGACCAGCCCACGUCUGGAAAUAAAGCCGGUCAGCAGCAUAGUUUAUCACAAUAAAUUUAAGAGAGAAAGCAUGGACAACGACAUCGCCUUGCUGAUGGUGGCCUCGCCCAUCGAGUUCAAUAGCCUGACAGUGCCCAUCUGCAUGCCCCCAGAGCCCAUGCCUUCCAAGUGGCACAAGUGCUGGGUGGCAGGGUGGGGCCAGACCACUUCAGCUGACAAAGGGUCUAUGAAAACCGAUCUGUUGAAAGCGCCAAUGGUCAUCAUAGAUUGGAAUGAAUGCGCAAAAACGUUUACAAAACUUACCAAAAAUAUGCUGUGCGCAGGAUUCAUGAACGAGAGCUACGAUGCCUGCCAGGGCGACAGCGGGGGGCCCCUGGUCUGCACGACAGAAGGAAGCAAGAAGUGGUACCAGGUGGGCAUCAUCAGCUGGGGCAGGAGCUGUGGGCAGAAGAACACCCCGGGAAUAUACACCUCGCUGGCCAACUACCAGCCCUGGAUCAGGAACGUCACCCAGGUGGAGGGGAGGCCCCUUGACACGGAGCACACGCGGUCCACCCUGAAACACAAGUCGAGGGACUCCAGGUCCUCGGGGUGCUCCGAGCUGGGCAGCCCCAGGUGCUGGCUCCUGCGGGGGCUUCUGUCCUGCCUCUGGCUCAGGGCCGUUUUCAACGGGUAAUAAAAGUACUUAACCAAA